AUGACGUAUAAAGCUAGAUUAGCUUUAGCUGGAGUGUAUGAUAUGAACAUCAAUCAAUUUCAUGUGAAAACUGCCCUUAUUAAUUGUGAUUUGAAAGAAGAUAUUUUCAUGGAACAGCCUGAACGUUUUAUUAAUGAUAAUGCAGCCUUAGUCUACAAAUGUUCUUCUCAAUGUUGGAAUGAAAAAUUUGUUCAGUUUAUAAAGCUUUUUGAUUUCAAACAUCUUUAUUCAGACAAUUGUAUGUUUUGUGCUCAAGUUGAUAGACAGGAAGGGUUUGUAUCUGUUUCUGUUGAUGAUGGACUAAUUCUGAGUAAAUCAACCAUAGCUAUAAACAAAAUAAUUGAAGAAUUCAAUAUUCAUUUUGAAAAUGUGGUUGAUGAUCCCAGUUACCUUGUAGGAUUGGAUAUCUGGCGAGACUGUGAACCUAAACAACUGUUCACCUGCCAACUGUGCUCUUAG